AUGAUGUCUUUUAAAGUCUUGUUUGUUCUUAGCGCUUUUGUAGCCAUAAUUUCGGCCAAAUCAUUGACAAAUUUGGCUGACGAUGGAGCGCAUAGUAUAAAAGUUUGUGACACUGCUAAUGCUAAAACUUUGGUUUAUCAAACCUCAGUGGUUGUUGAGGGCAAGUUCCUCGCCCAUGUUGAAAAACAUGUGUCUUGGCCUUCAGUAUCAAUUAAUGACAAGGACAUAACUUGCGUUAUGGCAAUUGAUCAAGAUACCAACGGGCAUGGAGGUUAUGCUUCCAUUGUUUCUGGGGGCCUUUAUGAAAAAGAGGUUGAAAUUAGACUGACUUCACAGUUGGGCAAAGGAUUGAACUACAUGGUCACCAUUUACACUAAUGACCAGUGA